CACUUUUGGCAGGUCGUAAAAAUCGUUUGAAAUGAAAAUAGUUUGAGGAACACCACCCCUCUUUCAAAUCAGAUGGUACAGUAAUCUUGAUAUUGAGAGAAAUUCCAUAUUUACACAUAUUCAGUAUGGCAGAAGAAGCAAAUGGAGAUGUGCUUGAUAGCUGGGAGGAGUUUGAAGAUACUGGGGAUCUUGACAAGAAACUAGAAGAAAUGAAAUUAAAGGAAUCUAAAAAACUUGCAUCAGAUGCGGUUGUGGUUGAAGAUGGAAAUAGAACCCAGUAUGCUCCGCAGGUUCGCAUACUAAAAAGGAAAUCAGAUGCAAAUUCUACAGCAAACCAAGGGACAAGAGCAAGCAACAAACCUACCAAAACUUUGGAACAAAGAGAAGCAGAAUAUGCUGAAGCAAGAAAGAGAAUCUUAGGUUCAACUUCAUCAACAGAAGUGAAAGAGGAAGUGGCAGUGACUAAUAACAGACCACCUAGGCUGAUGCAGCUUGAAGAUGGAAGACCAAACCUAAAUAAUAACUGUACAAUGGCUAUUUUAAGACAACCACGUGGUCCUGAUGGAACUGAUGGGUUUGAUCAAAAAGGCUAACAUUAAACAUUAUCAUAAAACUCUCUUGAUUUAAAUAAAACUGUUAAAUACUCAGUCCAGCAUCCCAGUCCCUCGCUGGCUGUCCCCGCAAACAGCGCCGUGCUUGUACCGACCGCAGACCAAGAAAAAUCAAGGCUGUGGUCACUGUCCCAUUCAAGGCAUAGCAUGCUCCUGCAAACAGACUGCAAAAGAGUGUGAAUAGCUUAGCAGCUUAAUUCCCAUAACCUUUAAGCAGCUGGAAUAUUUAAUGGUUGGAUCCAUGGAAACCACUUCAUGACAUGUGCAGAAUUUGGUGCUCUCAGAAAGCAGAAGUGUCCAUAGAUAAAACAUAUACUGAGCAUAAGAAUUUGAGAAAGCUUUUGACUGAUUAAGUGCUUAGCAUAUGAUUUUAUUACAAUGCAUGUACCAUCAAUUUGUCAAAAUGGGACAUCUAAUGUUGGCUCAAAUGUUGAGGGCAGCUUUUUGUAAAUAUAUUUUUUAAAAUGGUAUCAUUACUGCUUUAAGCACUGGUAAAUAUACUGAAUAAGGAAGAACACAUCAACUUUAUCAAAAUGGCUGAAUAAUAAUUUUGCACCAUUAAUAUGAUCUGCCCUUAUCUCUGUUCCGUAAUGUUUUAAAACUCAAAAGAAUUACCUUGAACUUAGAGCUUAAUUUGGUUUUACGAAUAUAUUUUAUUUCAGGUUGUAACACACCAUUUGAUUAGAUGAAAAGUUUACUUUAUAUUGUAUAAACUGUGUUGCCUACUCAUGUUGACUUGUGUCAAAAAUGUAUUUAAUUCACCUGACAUUAGAUUUGAAUUUUGUACAGUAUGAAGUCAUCUUUAAAGGACAUUCAUCUUAUUUACUUACACUAAAUGAAUGAAAAUUAAAUAAAGAAUGAAUUUAAUAGCUACCCAAUUUUUGCAGUAUAAACUGGGUUGGAACAAUUUACGCUUUUUUAUAAACCACUACUUGGUUUAUAAAGCGUAAACUGCCAGAACUUUGUUUAUACCAUAUAAAUUGGGCAGCUAUUAAAUUAAUUCCUUAAUUAAAUCAUUUUGAUCAAGAGCAGAGCAAAGGGAAGUGAACUCCAUUUGUUUUUCUUUUUAAAACUGUUCAAAUUUAGCUACCUGAAUGAACAUACUAGAUGUAGUAUUGGAAAAUAUUGAAAAAGCUUGCUAGCACUGAGUCCAGUUUUAAUGAAUAUGAAAAAUUAUUAAAAUUUUCCUUAUUAAAUUCUCAGUUUUUGUAGUCUUUGGUUUGCUAUUAAGCUAAAACUUAUGCCAAAUUUUAAUAAUUAAUUCAAUUUUAUUUGUACUUAACCAUCAGUUCUUGAAUAUACUACAAGAAUAAUUCAUACAUAUACCUGCUCAGUAUUUUAUAAUGUGGACACAUACACACAUAAAAAUGAAAAUGUGCUUUUCUUUAUUUUCCUUCUUGAAUUUUUUCUGAUAUUCAAUAAUACCUACAUGUACCAACUGAAUAAUGAUUGUGUACAUAUAUGUACACUGCAGUCCUUACAUACUUUUUUCCCAAAUUUUUUAAAUCCAUUUUUUGAAUGUUGAUGUGUUCUUUACUUGAAAAUGUUGUACUUAAUUAUUCAACCUUUAUGCCUGUAUUUUUUAUUUUAUCUUUGUCACCACAUAAUGUCAAUUCAUUGUAAAUAACAAUUUACAAUAGAAUUCUUUUUUGUUGGCAGACUAUGUCUGGGUUAUAAAAAUAACAUGAAGUGGUGAUAUUGCAUCCAAAAAUUAUAUAAUUAUAUACAGUUUUAUUUGGCUUGACUUCUUGUAAAAAAUAAGCAGUAUAUGUAUUUAUUAGAAAGCCUAGAGUUUCCAGCAUUUUAAAUGCAUUUUCACACAGUCAUGUACAUGUACCAUUUUAUUUUCUUCUGAAGAAAAACACCAUGACAAGGUUUUAUUAGAUGUAAAUGGUGCAGUUAUGUGAUACUGUCUAUGGUGAUUUAUAAGAAUAAAUUGACGUCAAUUUCUCAGAUUAAUUAAAUUAUGUGAUCUCUAUGCACAAAUGUUGUACAAGUACAAUUCUUAUCUAAACUUUUUAUUGAUUUUAGAUACAUUUUUCUUUGUUUAAAUGACAUCCAUUCACUUUAAAAUUUCAUUCAAAUAUAAAAUGUCUGAUUAUGAUGUAUUACAAUGACUAAUUUACUUAACUUUGUUUUUGUUAUGAAUUCUUAAAUGCUAUAUUCAUGAAAUAAAAUGACAAUUAAACAAUCAA